GAAUGUGUGUGAACGCGUGUGCGUGAGUAAUGUGUGUGCGUCGCCUCGCUGUGAGCUCGCUUGCUUUGCACAAGACGCGGACCUACAGCAGGUGUGUAGGUGAGUGAGGCCAUUCUGCCCUCCAAGAUGGUGGCUCUGUCACUCAAGAUCUGCGUGCGCCAAUGCAACGUGGUGAAAACCAUGCAAUUUGAGCCAUCCACGCCCGUGUACGACGCCUGCAGGAUCAUCCGGGAACGCGUUCCAGAAGCCCAAUCCGGACAAGCUUCCGAUUAUGGUCUUUUCCUGUCUGACGAUGAUCCCAGGAAGGGAAUCUGGUUGGAGUCUGGGAGAACCCUGGAUUACUACAUGCUGCGAAACGGAGAUAUUUUGGAGUACAAAAAGAAACAAAGGCCGCAGAAGAUCAAAAUGCUCGAUGGCGCGGUCAAAACCGUCAUGGUGGACGACUCCAAAACUGUCGGGGAGCUGCUCGUCACCAUAUGUAGCCGAAUAGGAAUUACCAACUAUGAGGAGUACUCGCUCAUUCAGGAGGUGUCGGAAGACAAGAAGGAAGACGGGAUGGGAACGCUGAGAAAAGACCGAACUCUAUUACUGCGAGACGAGAGGAAGAUGGAGAAGCUCAAAGCCAAGCUGCAUACGGAUGACGAUUUGAACUGGCUGGACCACAGCAGAACCUUCAGAGAGCAAGGGGUGGAGGAAAGCGAGACGUUGCUGCUUCGCCGCAAGUUCUUCUAUUCGGACCAAAAUGUCGACUCCAGGGACCCCGUCCAGCUCAACCUGCUUUACGUGCAGGCCAGGGAUGACAUAUUGAAUGGAUCCCACCCUGUCUCCUUUGAUAAAGCCUGUGAGUUUGCAGGGUUUCAGGCUCAGAUCCAGUUUGGACCCCACGUGGAGCACAAACACAAGCCUGGAUUCCUGGACCUGAAGGAAUUCCUGCCGAAAGAAUACAUCAAGCAAAGAGGCUCGGAGAAGAAAAUUUUCCAAGAUCAUAAAAACUGUGGUGAGACGCCCGAGAUCGAAGCCAAAGUGAAAUAUGUCAAACUGGCCAGAUCAUUGCAGACAUAUGGAGUGUCCUUUUUCCUGGUGAAGGAAAAGAUGAAGGGUAAAAAUAAGUUGGUCCCCCGCCUGCUGGGGAUAACCAAAGAGUCAGUGAUGCGAGUGGAGGAAAAGACAAAAGAUGUGGUGCAGGAGUGGCCCCUGACUACCGUCAAAAGAUGGGCCGCCUCGCCAAAGAGCUUCACCCUGGAUUUCGGUGAGUACCAGGAGAGUUACUACUCUGUCCAGACUACAGAGGGGGAACAAAUAUCUCAGCUCAUUGCCGGAUAUAUCGACAUCAUUCUGAAAAAGAAGCAGAGUAAAGAUCGCUUUGGUCUCGAGGGGGAGGAGGAGUCCACCAUGUUAGAAGAAUCGGUUUCCCCCAAGAAGUCCACCAUUUUACAACAACAGUUCAACCGGGUGGGUCGGGUGGAGCACGGCUCGGUGGCCCUUCCGGGUAUCAUCCGUUCUGGGUCUGCCGGAAACCCGGACAUGUUCAACGUGGGCUCCAUGCCCUCUGCCCAGCAACAAAUCACCACCGGACAGAUGCACAGAGGACACAUGCCACCGCUAAAUCUGGCCCAGCAAGCCCUGAUGGGGACAAUCAACAGCAGCAUGAACGCCGUGCAGCAGGCCCAGUCUGACCUGGGACACGUGGAUAAUCUGCCUCCUCUCGGCCAUGACCUGGCAUCCAGGGUUUGGGUUCAGAAUAAAGUGGAUGAAUCCAAACAUGAAAUCCACUCUCAGGUUGAUGCCAUCACCGCUGGGACGGCAUCUGUGGUCAAUCUCACUGCAGGUGAACCCACGGAAACUGACUACACAGCGGUGGGUUGCGCCAUCACCACCAUUUCCUCCAACCUGACCGAAAUGUCCAAGGGCGUCAAGCUGCUCGCCGCCUUAAUGGACGACGAGAUGGGCAGUGGGCACAAACUCAUGGGCGCCGCCAGGAUGCUAGCAGGAGCCGUGUCAGAUCUGCUCCGAGCUGUCGAGCCUGCGGCCGCUGAGUCCAGGCAGACCGUGCUGACUGCGGCAGGAAGUAUCGGACAAGCCAGCGGGGACCUGCUCCGUCACAUGGGGGAAGGCGAGACUGAUGAGAAAUUCCAGGACACCUUGAUGAACUUGGCCAAGGCAGUGGCCAAUGCAGCUGCUAUGUUGGUCCUAAAGGCCAAGAAUGUGGCCCAGGUGGCCGAGGACACCAUAUUGCAAAACCGCGUGAUCGCCGCCGCCACUCAGUGUGCCCUGUCCACCUCGCAGCUGGUAGCCUGCACCAAGGUGGUGAGUCCGACAAUCAGUUCCCCGGUGUGUCAGGAACAACUCGUGGAGGCCGGGAAGCUGGUGGACCGCUCCGUGGACACGUGCGUGAAAGCUUGCCGCGCGGCCAGCGACAACGGCGAGCUCUUGAAGCAGGUGGGCGCGGCGGCCGGCGUGGUCAGCCAGGCUCUCGGCGACCUCCUGCAGCACGUCCGCCACUACGCCAGCUGCGGCGAGCCCAUCGGACGCUACGACCAAGCCACUGACACCAUCAUGAAUGUCACCGAGAAUAUUUUCACUUCCAUGGGUGAUGCUGGCGAGAUGGUGCGUCAGGCCCGGGUUCUAGCGCAAGCCACCUCCGACUUGGUCAACGCCAUGCGAUCCGACGCGGAGGCAGAAGUGGAUGUCGACAACUCCAAGAAGCUAUUAGCCGCCGCUAAACUGCUAGCUGAUGCCACAGCGAGAAUGGUGGAGGCGGCUAAGGGGGCGGCGGCUUAUCCGGAGAAUGAAGACCAGCAGCAGAGGCUCAGAGAGGCAGCGGAGGGUUUGCGUGUCGCCACUAAUGCCGCCGCUCAAAAUGCAAUCAAGAAAAAGCUCGUCAGCAGGCUGGAGAUCGCUGCUAAGCAGGCGGCGGCUGCUGCUACUCAAACAAUUGCAGCUGCGCAAAAUGCCGCCGCUUCCAACAAAAAUACUGUCUCGCACCAACAGCUUGUACACAGCUGCAAGGCCGUAGCAGAUAGCAUUCCUCACUUGGUCCAAGGUAUGAGAAGCAGCCAAGCCCAACCCGAAGAACUCGGAGCCCAGCUUGCCCUCAUCAUGGCCAGCCAGAGUUUCUUACAGCCCGGAAGUAAAAUGGUGGUGUCUGUCAAGUCGGCCGUUCCGACGGUGGCCGACCAAGCUGCGGCUAUGCAACUGGGUCAGUGUGCUAAGAACCUGGCAACCUGCUUGGCGGAGCUCCGAACAGCCACCCAGAAGGCCCACGAAGCCUGCGGUCCGCUGGAGAUCGACUCGGCCCUCAAAACGGUUCAAACGCUCAAAUGUGAGCUGCAGGAUGCAAAGAUGUCCGUUAUUGACGGCCAACUCAAACCUCUCCCCGGGGAAUCGUUGGAGAAGUGUGCUCAGGAUUUGGGAAGCACGUCGAAGGCUGUGGGCUCCUCCAUGGCGCAACUGCUGACUUGCGCCGCUCAAGGCAAUGAACAUUACACAGGUGUGGCUGCCAGAGAAACAGCGCAGGCUUUGAGGACAUUGGCACAAGCAGCCAGAGGUGUCGCAGCCAGCACUAAAGAGCCACAGGCCGCCGCUGCAAUGUUGGACUCCGCCCAAUGUGUCAUGGAGGGAUCGUCUAUGCUGAUUCACGAGGCCCACCAGGCCCUGGUGCAUCCCGGAGAUGCUGAAAGUCAGCAGCGACUUGCACAGGUGGCCAAAGCUGUUUCGCACUCGCUGAAUAAUUGCGUGAAUUGCCUUCCGGGCCAGAAGGAUGUUGACAUGGCGUUGAGGAGCAUCGGAGAAGCCAGCAAGAAGCUGCUGGUGGAUAUUCUUCCUCCUUGUAGUAAGACCUUCCAGGAAGCUCAGACUGAUCUGAACCACACAGCGGCUGAGCUCAACCACUCGGCUGGCGAGGUCGUUCACUCCUCUCGUGGAACCAGCAACCAGUUGGCCGCCGCCUCCGGAAAGUUCAGCCAAGACUUUGAUGAAUUCCUGGAUGCCGGUGUCGAGAUGGCAGGGCACACCCAAAGCAGGGACGAUCAGAUCCAAGUUAUUGGUAAUCUGAAGAACAUCUCAAUGGCAUCCAGUAAGCUUCUGCUGGCUGCCAAGUCGCUUUCUGUAGACCCGAGCGCAGCCAACGCCAAGAAUCUUCUUGCAGUCGCAGCACGUGCGGUGACCGAGAGUAUCAACCAGCUGAUCACGCUCUGCACACAGCAGGCGGCAGGACAAAGAGAGUGCGACAAUGCCUUGAGGGAGUUGGAGGCUGUCAGAGGACUGCUGGAUAAUCCCAGUGAGCCCAUCAACGAAUUGUCCUACUUUGACUGCAUUGAGAGCGUCAUGGAAAAUUCAAAGGUUCUCGGGGAGUCGAUGGCAGGCAUUUCCCAGCAUUGUAAGACGUGUGACGUGGUGGCUUUUGGGGAGUGUGUCGGCGUGGCGUCCAAGGCCCUCUGUGGGCUGACGGAGGCUGCGGGACAGGCCUCUUAUCUUGUGGGUGUGUCUGAUCCCAAUAGUCAGUCAGGCUAUGAGGGUCUGGUAGACCCCAUCCAGUUUGCACGAGCCCACCAAGCCAUACAGAUGGCUUGUCAGAGCUUAGUGGACCCAACUAGUAGUCCCUCACAGGUUUUGUCAGCGGCAACGAUAGUAGCUAAGCACACGUCGGCUUUGUGCAACGCCUGCCGCCUGGCUUCCUCAAAGACCUCCAAUCCCGUUGCUCGGAGACAGUUUGUGCAGUCGGCCAAAGAGGUGGCCAACACCACCGCCAACCUGGUCAAGACCAUCAAGGUCAACUCCCCAACUGAUCAAAACGCUUCGGAUGGAGAUUUUUCCGAAGACAACAGAAAGAAAUGUCGAGUGGCUGCCACUCCGCUCCUCGAGGCUGUGGAAAACUUAUCCACCUUUGCCAACAAUCCCGAUUUUGCCAGCAUCCCAGCUCAAAUCAGCAACGAGGGUUCGGUCGCCCAGGAGCCGAUCGUUCGUUCGGCCCGUUCCAUGCUUGACAGCUCCACUUACCUCUUAGAAACGGCACGCUCGUUGGUCCUCAACCCAAAAGAUCCCCCGACUUGGUCCAUACUAGCGGGUCACUCCAGAACAGUCUCUGACUCCAUCAAGAGCCUCAUCACGGCCAUCAGGGACAAGGCACCAGGACAAAAAGAGUGUGAUUACUCCAUAGAUAGCAUCAAUAAAUGUAUCCGGGACAUUGAGCAAGCCUCCCUGGCGGCAGUGGGACAGACCCUACCCUGCAGAGAUGAUAUCUCCAGCGAGGCACUGCAGGAACAGCUGACUUCAUCCGUGCAGGAGAUUGGGCACCUGAUUGAUCCCAUCUCCACCGCCGCCCGGGGUGAAGCUGCCCAGCUGGGACACAAGGUGACUCAGCUGGCAAGCUACUUUGAUCCACUUAUUGUGGCGUCGGUCGGACUGGCCUCCAAGCUGCACGACCAUCAGCAGCAGAUGACCAUUCUGGAUCAGACCAAGACCUUGUCAGAGUCUGCCUUGCAGAUGCUUUACGCCGCCAAGGAAGGCGGCGGUAACCCGAAGGCGUCCCACACUCAUGAUGCAAUCUCCGAAGCAGCCCAGCUGAUGAAAGAGGCCGUGGACGACAUCAUGGUGACUUUGAACGAGGCGGCCAGCGAGGGGGGCAUGGUCGGGGGAAUGGUGGAGUCCAUCGCCGAGGCAAUGGGCAGGCUGGAUGAAGGAACACCUCCAGAACCCGAGGGUUCCUUUGUGGACUACCAGACAACAAUGGUGAAGUUCUCCAAGGCCAUUGCCAUCACAGCACAGGAGAUGAUGACCAAAUCGGUGACCUGCCCCGAAGAGCUCGGCGGCCUUGCCUCUCAGGCGACCGUGGACUAUGGGCAGCUUGCUCACCAAGGACGCCUCGCUGCAGCCACAGCAGAGCACGAAGAGGUGGCUUUCCAGAUCAAAACACGCGUGCAAGAGCUGGGCCACGGCUGCAUCUACCUGGUACAGAAAGCCGGAGCCUUGCAACUCAGCCCCACAGACAGCUUCUCCAAAAGGGAGCUCAUCGAGUGUGCACGUGCAGUCACCGAAAAGGUGUCGUUGGUGCUAUCGGCGCUGCAGGCGGGCAACAAAGGCACCCAGGCGUGUAUCACGGCAGCAAGCGCCGUUUCUGGUAUCAUGGCUGACCUGGACACCACCAUCAUGUUCGCCUCGGCGGGAACGCUGGACCCUGAGAAUGAGGAGUCCUUUGCUGACCACAGGGAAAACAUUUUGAAGACGGCUAAGGCCCUCGUGGAGGACACCAAGCUGCUGGUGGCCGGAGCCGCAUCCAGCCAGGAGAAGUUGGCUCAGGCCGCCCAGUCCUCCGCUAAAACCAUCACCCAGCUCACAGAGGUGGUCAAACUGGGAGCGACCAGCAUGGGCUCCGAGGACCCCGAGACACAGGUGGUUCUGAUCAACGCAGUGCGCGACGUGGCCAAGGCUCUGGCCGAACUCAUCGGCGCCACCAAGUGCGCCGCCGGCAAGGCUGCCGACGACCCGUCCAUGUAUCAGCUCAAAGGCGCCGCUAAGGUCAUGGUCACCAACGUGACGUCUCUUCUAAAAACGGUGAAGGCAGUGGAGGAUGAAGCCACUCGCGGGACGAGGGCACUGGAGGCCACCAUUGAAUUCAUCAAGCAGGAGCUGACAAUGUUCCUGUCCAAGGACGUCCCAGACAAGUCCACCACACCUGAGGAGUUCAUCCGCAUGACAAAGGGCAUCACCAUGGCGACGGCCAAAGCCGUGGCGGCGGGCAACUCUGCUCAGCAAGACGACGUGAUCGCCACGGCCAACCUGAGCCGCAAAGCCAUUUCGGACAUGCUGACAGCCUGCAAGAAAGCGGCACACCACCCAGAAGUGAGCCAAGACUUAAAAAUCAAGGCCCUGCAAUAUGGCUCCGAAUGCACCACGGGAUAUGUCAACCUUUUGGAGCAAGUCCUUCAGGUGCUCCAGAGGCCCACACCGGAGCAAAAGCAUCAACUGGCCGGCCAUUCCAAGCAUGUGGCGGCAUGCGUGACGGAGCUCAUCCAGACGGCCGAGGCCAUGAAAGAUGGAGGAUCCGAGAGCGCCGACCCCGAGGACCCCACCGUCAUCGCGGAGAGCGAGCUCCUCGGCGCAGCGGCGUCCAUUGAAGCGGCGGCCAAGAAACUGGAGCAGCUGAAGCCCCGAGCCAAGCCCAAGGCCGACGAGACGCUGGAUUUCGAGGAGCAGAUUCUCGAAGCAGCCAAGUCCAUCGCCGCGGCAACCAGCGCUCUUGUCAAGUCUGCAUCAGCGGCCCAGAGAGAGCUAGUGGCACAGGGCAAGGUCGGAUCCAAUCUAGCCAACGCGGUGGAUGACGGCCAGUGGUCGCAAGGACUCAUAUCUGCUGCCCGCAUGGUUGCCGCGGCCACCAGCAACCUGUGCGAGGCGGCCAACGCAUCAGUGCAGGGUCACGCUAGUGAGGAGAAGCUCAUCUGCUCAGCUAAGCAGGUGGCCGCCUCCACAGCUCAGCUGCUGGUGGCCUGCAAGGUGAAGGCGGACCAGGAUUCUGAGGCGAUGAAGAGACUACAGGCUGCUGGCAACGCGGUGAAGCGAGCCUCAGACAACCUGGUGAGGGCGGCUCAGAAAGCAGCCUUUGACAAGACGGAGGACGACAGUGUGGUGGUGAAGACCAAAUUUGUCGGCGGCAUCGCUCAGAUCAUCGCGGCUCAGGAGGAGAUGCUGAGGAAGGAGCGCGAGCUGGAGGAAGCCCGGAAGAAGCUGGCUCAGAUCCGACAGCAGCAGUACAAGUUCUUGCCCAGCGAGCUGAGGGAGGACGAGGGUUGACGGCCGGCCAGGAUGGGACGCCGGCUCUCCUCUCGUGUAACUGAAGAUGAUACAGCACUUGAAACAGGCCCGUUUGGUAAGACGACCAAGUGCCUGUGCUUCGCCGUGUAUUUGUGUGUAUGUGUGUACGCGUGCAAAAACGUCAAUGUUUGAGAUGAAGUCGUGUGAGAAACGUUAGUGUUACAAUAAUGACGUGAAGAAAGUUGUAAAUCUAUUAUUGUUACUGAAUGUUUUAUAGUCAGUGAACAAAUAGUCAUGAACAGGUGGCAAAGUCGAGCUAAGGGUUGUUUUAUUCCAGGCCCAAAACAAAGGCAGUAGGGGUAUGUCUCAUUUCACCACUAGCUUGCAUGCACCCCCGAGACGAUACAUAUCAAAGAAGCUACUAACCAAUCGAGUAGUCGAGCAUAAUGGCACUUAUUACAUGUGAAAGAAGAAUGACGAGCUUUUUUUUUUCCAAAACGCCAUAAAUGCCACAUUCAAAAAAAAAACUUGCCAUGUCAUUUUUGUGUGUACACAAUUAUGUUAUUAUUUAUACGUUUGUCGAACAAACUGAGCCAAUGAAUUGUUUUAAUGAAAUUAAUUCAUGUCAUUUUUUUUUUUUUCUCAGCAUGAUCCAAAUGGUUUUAUGGCGUUUUGGAAAAGAGCCAACCUAAAAGAAAAAGUAUAUAUAUUUAUUCUUGACUGAUAUUUUAAAAAGAAACUAGUUUUUCUUACCGAGCGGACAAAAAAAGUUGCAACCAAAAUGAUCUGCUUGCUUUUCAUUUCACUCCGUUUUUGAAAAACACAAACUCACACAGAGCAGUGCAACAAAUUAGCUUCAAACUUUUUUUUUUUUUUGCUCUAAUAACAAGACAAUAAGUGUUGCUGUGGAACUUCUAUAAGGCUUUCGAAGUAACAGUCAUCGCGGUUAACCACAGCAAAGUGUAAAUAUACAACUUAAAAUAUUUUUCCCCAUUUUAAAUUCAAUAGUUCCAUUGUACUUCUAAUCAAAUCAAAUACAUGCAAACUAUCAGCAAAAAUUUGCAAGGCACAAGUAAUUUCUAAGUAUUUUAUUAGCAAUAUAUUUCAUGACUGAGACAUUUAGUGAGUAGGAGUUAUGACAAUAAAUGAAUACUGUACUGUAUUGUAUUGAAAAUGUACUAUUUUAUAGAAAAAAGAAAGCAACAAGAGCAAUAUGAGCAUCGUGUAAGACCAGUUGCAUGCACACCUCCAUGUGACGACACGCGCCCCAAAAUCUAAAUGGCAAAAAAGGUACGUGUGCUUAAAUAUGGGGAAAUUAUGCUUUGCCAUGAAAACUUUUUUUUUUUUCUUUUCAAAAUACCUGUUAAUGUAGUAAUGUUAAGUUUAUACUGGCAGUUUUAACAUAUAUGAUCUAAAGUGGCUUUUUUUGUUUGCUGUUUUUUUAAAAUGGAACAUCUGUACAUUUUUUAAUGCACAUGUUUGAAGUUUCAAUACUUUUGCCCCAAUUUUGCUGAUCCCUAACAAGAAGCUGAAAGGCAAAAUUCACAACAGGUUUGCUCCACGAAUCCACCUGUAAAUUUCCUAGUUCAGUUCAAAUUAAUAUUUCAACAGUCCUCUUAAUCAUGCUGUUUGCAUUUUGACUCAUCAACAGUACUCAGUCAUCGCAAAUAUAAAAGUAGAAAUUUUUGUCUGUUGUGACUUUUGCAGUUCGGCUUGUUAGCGACCAUCAAGUUACGCAGAAAGUACAAAAACGUGCAUUUUAAAAUAUAAAUGGGGUCAAAUUAGGUUCACUGGCAAAACUUUUCGGAGAUUUCACCUGAUUUUGUGAGUGGUGUGGAUUUUAUUGAUGGUAUAAGACCUGUUUAUCUUGUUCAAUAUUUACAUUUACAAUAUUUAUCGUCUCACAUUGGCAUCUACGAUGUAAACUCACUGUAUUAUCGCACUGGCGAGCUGAGAACGGGAACCGACUGCACGUUAUGUUGAACGAAACGAGCCUAUUGGAUGAUGCACUGAAACCGCUUCCUUCCAUUUGUUAUAAAUCGAAGACAUUCCUUUGCACGCCGAAAAAGGUAAGAAACUUAAGCUCUGGUUCGAGAGCCCGUCUUCUUUCUAUAUGGGGAAUUUGCCAGCAGGUUAGCUCCUGCGUUGUGUCUCAUGUGCCUUACUCGAGCGUGUGGUGCAAGUAGCUGAAGAUCCGUCCCGGUUGGGGCUUGAGCCUUGAGAACCUUUUUUUUUUUUUUGCCAAUCCCCAUCAAGGCCUGAGCACGACAAGUGGAGUUCUUUGCCAUACGAUCCAAUGCCUUGGCUGCCGGCCGAUACUUGCCUAUGUCGCGAGCGUGGAUACCUUUGGGAAAUUUCGAAACUUGGAUGGAAUACUAACGGCAUUCCUUGAGCAUGUGUUUGUGUUUGAAGUUAUGAGAAGUUGUUUAAAAAAAAAAAAAGAACUCGGUUGUUCUUGUUCCCGUAUGUGUCAUGGAACCACUUUAAAAUGUCUGUUUUUACCAGUAUAAAUGCAGUGCUGAGCAAACGUCUAAGGCAGACACUAGUUUUGUUGUUCCAAUGACUUUUUUCAUUGCAUUCAUUUUAUUUUUGUGUGCGUUUUUGCUUGUUUGCGUUGUGUUCAUUUUGAUUUUUACAUUGUUUUAUGCUUUUAUCUAACCCAGCACUGGGUCCAAAAAGGUACCUGAAUAUUAACCCAAUCUGCUCAAAAUCCAAAACGGGGUCACGCAAAACAACCCAGAAUUGUUUUGUGCGUACAAAAAAAAAAAUA